GGCACGCCCGUGGACUUCGAAAGCAUUUGCACUUGCGUUUUAGAGAACCAGAGGUUGCGGGGGCGAGAUGGCCGCCAGCAGGCCCCACGACCUUGUAGUCCUCGGAGCGACUGGAUUCACUGGGAACCGGAUCUGCAAGGAGGUCCUCAACAGCGGGUUCAGCGGGAAAUGGGCGGUGGCAGGACGCGAUCGCGUCAAGCUGGAGCGCCUGGCAGCGUCGCUGGCUGGCAACGACGGCAACGAGCCUUCCAUCGUUGUCGCUGACGUGGCCGACCCCGCCUCCCUGCUGGAGAUGGCCAAGUCUUGCCGCGUGCUCAUUACCACAGUAGGCCCGUUCCGCCACUGGGGCGAGCCGGUUGUCAAGGCGUGUGUGGAGGCUGGCACAGACUACCUGGAUGUGUGUGGCGAGCCAGAGUUCAUCGAGAGAGUGGAGCUGCUUUACAACGAGACAGCGAAGCAGGCGGGCUGCUACCUUGCCUCUGCCGUCGGCUUCGACUCGGUGCCGGGCGACCUGGGAGUCGCGUACACGAUGAGCCUGUUCAAGCCCCCUGCUCGAUGCACAGUGGUGGAGACCGCUUUGACGAUCAGGGGUGGGCCUAGCGGCUUCAAAGGCCACUACCCCACGUACGAAUCAGCUGUCCAUGGCUUUGCAUCUGCCGGGGAGCUGCGCAAGCUCAGGAAGGAGGCGGAGCAGGCAAGGGCGGAUGCCUCUGUUGUGCGGCGCAGCAUGCAGCGCCUUGUUGAGGCGGGGCAGCCGGCGGCCAACGUCAGCGUCGUCUUCACGCUGCCCUCGCGAUAUUACCUCACGCUGUGGCAGGGCUUUGGGUCGAUGUUCCAGUUCCUGGCCGGCAAGCCGUGGGGCCGCAGCCUGCUGCUCCAGUACCCACGCCUGUUCACGUAUGGCAUGUUUUCGCACGAAGGGCCCAGCGAGCGGCAGCUCAGCGAGGCCAGCUUCCAAUUCACAAACAUCGCCAAGGGCUACAGCAAAGGUGCUCCCGAGGCGCCGGAUCAGGCGCCCGACAUAGAGAUCGUCACACGUGUGAGCGGCCCUGAGCCGGGCUACAUCAGCUGCGCCAUCUUUGUAGUCCAGGCUGCCAUCACCCUGCUGGAGGAGCGGCAGAGCCUGGGGCUGCCCGGGGUGCACACCCCCGCCUCGCUGCUGCGUGACACCACAUACAUCGACCGCCUAAGGUCCCGCGGCAUCAAGUUCGAGCAAGUGCAGGACGCUACGGUACAGUAGAGGGCGGACCUCCAGUGGCGGCAAAACCCGAGGGCCAACGGAUGCAUGUUGGAGUCGCUGACCGUCGUUUGGAGCGGUGAUCGAGAGGCGGGAGGUUGCGCCUGGUUGUUCAAGCCCACUGUGUACGGCACUUGCCAUGGCAUUGUGCCGCCUGCCUGCCAUCAAGCUUUCAGAGUCGCCGGGGAAGUUACUCCCCACAAUGAUGCCAAUGUUCAACAUACAGAGGUGGUUGGAAGCAGUCCUGUAAAUCAGAAAUAAG